AUGGCGCGCCAGCUGCGCCGCGAAGACUACACCGUGGGAUGGGUGUGCGCGCUGCCCGUCGAGCUGGCGGCAGCGCAGGAGAUGCUCGACGAAGAGCACCCCGACCUCGAGCGCAACGCGGCCGACAACGACGAGAACCUGUACGCGCUGGGCUCGAUCGGCGGCCACAACGUCGCCAUAGUGUGUCUGCCCGCCGGCCGGAUCGGCAACAACCCAGCGGCCGCGGUGGCGACGCAGAUGCGAGCGACGUUCAAGAAGAUCCGGUUUGGGCUGAUGGUGGGGAUUGGCGGCGGUGUGCCGAGCGCUGAGGCAGACGUCCGGCUGGGGGACGUGGUGGUCAGCCAGCCGCAAGGAAAGCACGGCGGAGUAGUGCAGUACGAUUCGGGCAAGGCCACGGCGAGCGGGUUCGAGCGGACAGGAGCGCUCAACUCGCCGCCACAAGUACUGCUGGCAGCAGUCGCAAAAGUGCGGGCGAACGAGCUGCGAGGCCGGAGCAAGCUGUGUGAUCACAUCACUAAGCUAGAGGGCAUCGGCAAGUUCCAGCGCAGCAGAGCUGGGCUUGACGUUCUCUUCGAGGCAGCGUACGAACACGAGGGUGGGCAGACGUGCGACAAGUGCAGCAGUGACAGACACGAGGCUCGAGAGCCGCGCGACAGCGAAGAGGAAGUGUCAGUGCACCAUGGCACGAUCGCUUCGGGCAACCAGGUGAUCAAAGACGCUGCUGUACGAGACAAACUGAGCACGGAGCUCGGUGGGGUGCUGUGCUUUGAGAUGGAGGCGGCGGGACUGAUGAACAGCUUCCCGUGUCUGGUCAUUCGCGGCAUCUGCGACUACGCGGACUCGCACAAGAACAAGCGGUGGCAGCCAUAUGCGGCAGCGACGGCGGCGGCGUACGCGAAGGAGGUGCUGUCGGUGAUACCGCCAGCGGAGGUGGCCAAGUCGCGCACGGCAGAGGAAGCGAUCAGAGAGGCGAGCGGACGUGUACCUACGCCUACAUACUAUAUACCUUUCUUGAAGAACCGAUACUUUGUUGGGCGUCAAGAAGAGCUCCGCGUGCUGCAGCAGAAGCUGAUGGUGGAUCAGGACUGCCAGAAGCUAUCUAUCGUGGGGCUUGGCGGGACGGGCAAGACGCAGGUGGCGCUGCAGUUUGCGUACAGCGUGAAAGAGAGGUGGCCCGAGUACUCGAUCUUGUGGGUGCCUGCGCUCAGCAUGGAGAGCUUCGAGCAGGCAUGCGGAAGCGUUGCACGAGCGUUGCGCAUACCGCAGGAGGGCGGCGGCGACGAGGACGUAAAGGAGCUCGUGCAACAGCACUUGAGCUCAAGCCGAGCAGGACGAUGGCUACUCAUUGUCGACAAUGCUGACGAUGCGGAUAUCUUCUUUGGAACGGAGCAGUCGAGGGGCAUUGUCGACUAUCUGCCUGAGAGCGAGACGGGCGUGGUCGUGUACACCACACGCACGCCAGAGAUAGCCGAACUGACACGCGGCGAUGUCCUGGAGCUCGGGGCGAUGGACCGACAGGACGCAGCCGCCUUCCUUACUAAGUCGCUGACGAGGAAAGACCUUCUUCGCGAUAAUGCAACGACAGCGGAGCUACUAGACGAGCUGACCUGUCUGCCGCUCGCCAUCGCGCAGGCGGCUGCCUAUCUAAACCGAAACCGCAUGUCUGUCGCGAAGUACCUACAGCUGCUUCGGAGCACGGAGCAGGAAGUGGUUGCACUGAUGAGCAGAGAGUUUCGCGACGACACACGGUACAAGGGCUCGGCGAAUGCAGUGGCGACGACGUGGGUGGUGUCGUUCAGCCAGAUCCGCGAGCACGAUGCAGCAGCGGCCAACCUGCUAGCGUUUAUUUCGAUCAUUCUUCGCCAGGUAUCGCCGGAGUCAAUCGAUAUCUUUGACUUUAUCCUUGAGCUCUACUGGAGUUGUUCGGGGAAUUGGGAUGUGCUUGUUGCUGAAGAAUGCAUCGGUCGAGAGGACUGCGAUGCGUUUCUGGAUUAUGCAGCAACAUUUCUCUCAAACAUAGGGAAUUACUAUGGCUCCGGCGAUCAGAAGUUUCUGCCAUCAGUUUCUUCUGCCGCACUGACAAGGCUAUCGAAGAAGUCCCCCAAGCUUGAGUAUCUUUAUGAGAAGAUCUCUAGCGCGAUAAUAACCAUGCCGCCGUACGGGCUAGGGUUCCCGAGCGAUACAGCUCAGAGCGCAUACUACCCGGGAGAUUCCCUAAUUACUCGAGAUGAGAUAUCAGCGGUCUCUCGCUUGUUAGAGAAACACUCAAUCUUUCCUGAGAACACACGGAUCCAAAAGGUAUCCAGCCCCAAAGCACAUACAUUCGAGGUCUUACGAGCAUCUGUCGAGCAUGACACUGAACCAUCUGUAAUCGAAAUACCGAGUCUCGGUGCUACCAUGAAAGUCAAAGGCGGUGAUCACUCUGGAGAGCUCGCAAGGAUCUGCGCUUCUUUAUCUGAAGCGAAGAAAUAUGCAGCCAACGAGAAACAGGAGCAGUUCUUGUCUCAAUACAUCGAAAGCUUCAGAACAGGCGAUCUGGAAGUCUAUCGUAAUUCGCAGCGAACAUGGAUUACGGAUAAGAGCCCUCGUGUUGAGAAUAUUUUCGGCUUUGUGGAACCUUAUAGAGAUCCAUACGGGAUUCGCGCAGAAUUCGAAGGUUUGGUAGCAAUCAUGGAUCUCGAGGAGACAUCCAAGUUAACGAAGCUUGUCGAGAGUUCUAGCAUUUUCAUCAAGAGGCUUCCUUGGGCUGGAAAUGAUGAGAACGAUGGCAAAGGACCCUUCGAAAAAGCUCUUUUUGAGCCGCCGGAUUUUACUAGCAUUCACUCUCUCGCAUACUGCUCGAGUAUCAUCUUUCCGGGUAUCAACUUACCAAAUUACAAUGACAUCCGUGACGAGUUCGGUUUCAAAAACGUAAUAAUAGCAAACCGCAUGAGUGCUGAAGGGAACAAAGCACAUGUGAGCCCCUUCAUCGACCCUGCUGAACUCGACUCCUUCCAAAGAGCAAAGUACCCUGCCUACUACUGGUGGGUCGUUCUUCACGAACUCCUCGGCCAUGGCACCGGAAGAAUGAUGGCCGAAGAGUCGGAAGGCAAGUUCAAUUUCGACAUUCAUAAUCCGCCAGUAAGUCCCUUGUCUGGUAAGCCUAUCACGACUUGGUACAAGCUGGGACAGACGUGGACGGGCCAAUUCGGCGAUUUGGCUACAACUGUGGAUGAGUGUAGAGCGGAGCUUGUGGGCGCUUAUCUUAUGGAUGAUGUGGAGUUACUAGAGUUGUUGGGGUAUGACGAGAAUUCCGAGAUUACGGCCGCAGAUUUGACAUAUAACAUAUACUUGCAGCUUGGAACAGAUGGACUUCGUGGACUGGCAAAUUUCAACGUUGAGCAUAGGAAGUGGGGCCAGGCCCAUAGUCGAGCUCACUUCGCGAUCCUGAAAUGCCUUUUGACCGACAGCAAUGGUUGCGUCACAGUAGACUACAAUCCGCAAAGUAAAAGUCUCAUUGUACGUGUUGAUCGGUCAAAGAUCGUCUCGCAUGGCAAGCCUGCACUCGGUCGCAUGCUACUACGAUUGCAUUUAUGCCGUUGUACUGCGGACGUCCAAUCAUGCCGCGAAUACUACGAAGAGCUUUCAUGGGUCCAUGCAGAACACCUCGCAUGGCGGGAGAUCGUUCUAGCGAAACAGGAGCCGAGGUGGGUGUUCGUUCAGGCGAACACCUUUCUCCGUGGUGAGGAAGUGGUCCUGAAGGAGUAUGCGGCGACUGCAAAAGGCGUGAUCCAAAGCUGGGCUGAGCGACAAGUUUGA